GUUGCACGAAUCGCGCGCGUCGUGUGACCCCACAAUGGGUUGCGGGUCACGGGGUGAAGACGGGGUAAAGGGAGGGUGAUCGGGCUUCCUCGCGUAUCUCGUACAUACGCGUAUCUCCGUACUGAAAAUGGCCGCCAGCUGUCACUCGCCUACGAAGUGUCGCUUGUUGUGAAGGAACACGACGCGGAUUCGUCGCGGGACAGUUUCCCGAACGUGCAACACGCCACGAUGCAUUUGCGUAGCGACACGCGGUUUGUUCACUGAGAUCGCACGAGUUGCCGUGGGUGUGAAAAAGAGAAAGAGAGGGAGUGCGAGUGAGCGAGUGAGUGAUAGAGAAGAAAAAAAGCAAGAAAAAAAGAAGAUAGCGGGGAACGCGGAGUACGAGUACGCGAGGUCCCACAACGGUGUUGCUUCCAUGGUGUCAUGAGAGCGUGGUCAGCUCGGCUGUUUAUAGUUUUUGUUUUGCGCGUAGUACGCGGCUAGUCUGCUGUUCGCGCGAUCGGUAGCGCGGCCGUGCCGUCCACCACCACCGCCUCCUCCUUCUCUUCGAUCUGUUCGUGAAUCGGUCUCGCAAGCCGCAUUCUGGUAUUCCUCGCCGCGCGUGCUGUCGCGGUACAACACUCCCCCUUGGGAUUUCUCGUUUUCGCUCAUUUUACAAUUCCCGAGGAGACAGUCAAGAAAAACAGAAUGGGUUCCAGUCAACAGUUUUCUCUUAGAUGGAACAAUUAUCUGAAACAUAUUACUUGUGCUUUCGACACAUUAAGGACAGACGAAGAUCUUGUAGAUGUUACUCUAAGUUGCGAAGGCAAAAGGAUUAGAGCACAUAAAAUGCUUUUGUCAGCCUGCAGUACAUACUUUAGAGAUUUGUUCAAGGAAAAUCCAUGCCAACACCCUGUCAUAAUAUUCCGCAAUGUUAAAUUCGAUGACUUGGCUGCCUUGGUAGAUUUUAUGUACCAAGGCGAAGUGAACGUUGUUCAAGAACAAUUAGCAAGUUUCUUGACAACAGCAGAACUUUUGGCAGUGCAGGGCCUUACAGAUGGCACAGGAAAGGACGACAGUUUAGUAGAGGAUGACAUAGAAAUUCCCAAUGAGCCUGAAGUUCAGUUGCAAAACACUUCUGGUAAAUCUACAGGGGAUAGUAAGAGGAAUAAAUCCCCAUCAUCUCCGAUGCCAUACCAUGCCGUUGAAUUGCAACCUGAAAUACCGCCAAACAAGAGGAGAAAAAUUCGAGAAAGUGCAAAUAUGAAUGCGGAGAAGAAUUCAGCGGGGAUCAAUGCGAAGGAUUGCGAUGGAAAAACGUCGGAAAAUCAAACGGGACCGGGUUCUGAUCCAGUCGAAAUAAUUCCUCUUAUGCCGAACUUGAAGUUAGAGAUGCCGGAAUACUUGGAGCAAGAUGGUAGCAGUUGUAGUUAUGAAGAUCAGAGUAUAGGCGAUAAUGCAUUGAACAAAAUCAACAUUGACGAUACAUCGUCGACCACGCCUGAUCAUGAACAGAAACCCGAUAUCACUCAAACAUUCUACUCGAAUCAGUCGACAUCGGAUGGUUUAGACAAUAAACAUCAAUCAGAUGUUGGACACCUGCUAUCUAAACCAAGUACUUCGGGAGAAAGGGCAACGCAGGAUGCAGUACAGGAUUCAUACACGUUGGUCAUCGAACAGCCGUCGCACACGUGCAAACUCUGCGGUAAAUCGUUUUGGAAUCGGGACUCGAUGUAUAAACACAUGAAUAUGCACAAGGGUACGACUCAGUGCCCGGUGUGCCACAAAGUGCUCAGCCGCACCACGCACAUGAAGCGCCAUUUGAAGAACCGCCACGGCUGGCUCGGUGGGACACCCUCAUCCGCCGCGGCGGCGGCGGCGGCGGCGGCGGUGGCCGCCGUUGGGAUGGCCUCGGCCAGCGGCGCCGAGACGCCGACGCCGAUCUCCGUGUCGUCGACCGGCCAGACGAUCGCCCAGCAAAAUGCCGACAGUCCGACGAGCAUGGACGCGAACGCGACCUACACGACGAUACGCAUUAGGGAGAGCAGCGUGGAAAGAAUCACCUCUAGUCCUAUUCCUUAGUGCGAAGACGCCCUACCAAAGAAAGAAUCCCGUCGACGCAAAGGAGGAUAGACCGGCGAUACCCUCGCUAUCGUUUGCUAUCUGACGCGGCUUUAUUGUACGAUCACAUACGAUUCUUAUGCGACCGUGCUAAAUAUAAUUCGACCGUGUUUUGGUUCCCCUCGAUCGCGGUCAUCAACAUGCUCUUGCUGAAAGCAGUAGUAGCUUGCUGGAUUUGAAAGUAAACGAGAGUAAGGAAUUGUAUACUUUAUUUAUUUAUUUAUAUCGAAAUUAAAAUCUAUUUGAUUGCAUGCAAAGUUAAACAGUCUUGUUUUUGAAAAAUGAGAGCGUUAAAAUUUCUUUAUUUAAUAAUCAAAAGUAAUUUGGAAUACAUAAGAAAGUAUCGUAAUAUUUUUAUCUUUCUUUGCAUUUCUUUCGGAUUUUUAUUGUAUAAUUUUUAUGUUGCUCAAUAUUCUGUCAAUGUUUGAUAAUUAUACGUUAGUUGUGGUCGCGGUUGUUCAGACCAUAGUGAAAUAAUCACGAUUGAAUGAAAUAGUAAAAAGAGCAAAUUGAGCCAGAUAAGUGGAAAACGAGAAGCUGCGAUCAGCCAUAAAAGAGCCAUUAUGAUUUGAUUGCCAGAAGAGUAGAAUUUUCGUUAUAUCAACAUUAUAUUUUGGUUAACAUUUAAAUAAGCACAAGUGCAAUUUAUAUACAUCAAACCAAUAUUAUGCGGAAGAAUUGAUGUACGAUAAUUUGCUAGAGAAAACCAAAGAUUUUAUUUCCAUUUUUAGAGUAGAGUAAAUUCGAUUAUUGUUUAUCGUAUUCGAUAAUUAUUCAUCGUAAUUGUAAUAAGAUUAUAUAUCAGGGAUAUAAUCAGUCAUUAGUUUUAAUAAACAAAUUCGGUUUGCGUGCCAUAUUUUUCGCAAGUUUAAUUGUUCCUUAUUUUUUUUUUUUUUUUAUCGAAGGAGGAAACACUAGCAAAGAUCGUAGCAAUAUUAUUUGUCGUAACGUUAACGAUGCGUUGUCAGGCCUAUCCUGCUUUAGUCGUCGACGAGAAAUUUAUAUUAUGCCUGUCUUAAACUUCACAACCUAGUCAUUCGUACACGUACGUAUAUAUGUAUAUAUAUAUGUAUCUAUAUGUGUAUAAUGCACAUAAGAAGGAACACGAAAUAUUUACAUAUGUGCAACAUACAUACACACAUAUACAUUCACGCACACAUAUAGACACUAUAUUCGUGUACACAGACAUACAUUUUUGUAACCAAAGACACGAAAGAAGAACAGGAACGAUUUAUUUUAUCUAGUCAAAUUUUUUUCAAAGUUCAGUACUUAAUAGCAUAAGGAGGAAUGUGCAUUUUUUUCGUGUGAUCUAUCUGCGAUUUAUCUCUGUUAUCCUUCAGUUAUCAAUUCGAGAAUGAUCGACGAGAACUAAUGGUCCGUGUGUAAUCGUGGUAAAAUUGCUGAAAUAAUGGAAUCUAUUAUCUUAUAUUAUGACAAAAAUUGAAUUGAUAAAUUUAAUUGAAGUA